AUGUCGUGGUUCGCGGAUCUCGCAGGUAAAGCUGAGGAGUUCUUGAACAAAGUUGACCAAGGAGCUGCUUCUGCUCUCAAAAUUGAAGGAAACGGAUUGCCCUUUACAUCGAGGAGUGCGACAGGGGACGAUUGGCCAGCUGCGAAAAUUUCUCGUAAAGGCUCAAUCCCAAAUCUGAGUGAGCCCUCGCAAGCAUUGAACAAUGAAUUGCGAUCAGGCAUUCUUGGAAGGCCAGCAUCCGCUCAACAUAAGAAAACGUUUUCGAAUGCAAGUGCACCCGCUGCUGCUCACAGCGACGAUGCUCUCAUUGAGUUUCUAAAUGCUCCGGUUCAGCAAAAAAGUCGUGAUGCUCCAAGCAAACCGGAAGUGAUAGCAAAAGAUGAAGAGCCUUCCAGCAUUGAAUCUGAUUGCAAAGAAGAACCCGGUGAUGAAGGAAAAGGAGAAUCGGAAGUGCCGGAGAUCCCGUCUGGGCUUGAUGUGGAUUCGGAAAAUUCCUUGUUACGCAACGAAAUUCUAAACAUGAACCGAGAAAUGUCUCAAUUGUUUGGGAGGAUAAAAUCUCACGAGAAAGAAACGAAAAUGCUGCGGAAAGAUCUGGAACGCGAAAAAGAGUCUACGCGUCAGUUAAGUUCCCGGAUACGAGAUCUACAGGAACGGGAAAAUGACAUGCGUCAAAUGCUGGAAGCAAAAGAUUCCCAAGUAAGCGUGUUGAAAGUUCGUCUCGAAGAAGCCGAAGAAAAGUUCCAGAAUGCUGAGACUUGCCUCAGACAAACAGUUUUGGAUCAUGAAAAGCUUAUCAAUGCUUCGUCGGAGUCUAUUGCUUUCCAAAACAAUGCCUUGGAAUCUUUACGUAAGCAGCUCGAAGAAACUGAAGCCGCGCUUGCGAAUGAGCGAGAUUCGUCUCGGUUUCAAAAUCAAGAAAAUAUGGAGAAAUUAUCCAUGCUUGAGCAAACUCAAUCGACUCUUGCCGCGUCAUUUGCGGAAGCUGAGAAUCGAGCAGAAAUUCAAGCACAAAUAGCGGAAAAACGCAGGAAGGACAUUCUUGUCAUUGAGUCACGCGUGCAACAAGCUCAACAAGAGCUUGCAGAUUAUAAGCAAAAAGCCCAACGUAUUCUUUCAUCGAAGGACACAUUGAUUGCUACGCUUAAAUCAAAUCGCCAGUCGAGUGAGUCUGUGGACACGUCUGAUUCAUUGGAGAUGGAACAGUUGCGUCAAGAACGAGACCUGCUUCAAGAGGAGGUUUCAAAGCAAAGAACUGCUCUUGAUCAGUUAAAAGUGCAAAUGAACGAGCUGGAAACUGGACACCAGAACGCUCUUGCUGGAGCUCAAGACCAAUUGCGUUAUCAAAACGAGCUUCUCGAAGAAGAACGCUUGCGUACUCGUGAACUUCAAAAUCAAUGUUCGAACCUGAACGAUGAGCUAGUUUUCUUGCGAGAAGAUCUUACGCAGCAGAAGUUCAACUUUGCUGCGAAAAUUCAAGACCGCGACAUGGAAAUCGAGAAGAUGCGGAAGCAGUUGAUGGCGAAGAAGACUUCGUCUGCUUCUCAAGUCGAAAUGGAUAAUAGGUUGCAAGCGUUGACUCAAAACCUCAUCCAGAAGCAAACUCAGAUUGAGCAGCUGACCACCGAUAAAAGUACUUUGAUUCAUCAAGUUGAACGUCUAGAGCGUAGAAGGCAAGACACGGUUUAUCGUGGGAAUGGAGGACAUGGUCAGGAUACUUAUCUUUUGAUGAACUCAACGGAUGACGGUAUGGAGGAAACGAUCAUGAAUUCCGCUAAAGCACACAUUCCCAGUUUCAUGGUCGAGAGUCCAUUUGAUGGAAAAAUGACCCGCCGGGUAAAACGAGUAUAUUCAACUCUGGACACCUUCAGCGUUCGACUUGGAGUUUUCCUGAGAAGAUUCCCUAUAGCGCGCAUCAUGGUGCUUGCCUACAUGGGCUUGUUGCAUCUAUGGGUCAUGAUUGUCCUGCUGACUUACCAACCGGAAAUCCACUUCGACGAACGGCCUUCCACCGAUGAUCCCGAUUCCGGCAUCAAUGUGUCGACCCCGAGCGAACUUGUCACGGCUAUGUCGAACAUGCAAAUGACAUCAACGCCAAUCAAAGCGCAUUCUUUGAUAUCCCAUGAAAAUCGCGUCAAAUCUUCGAGUACCAAACGUAGCCUGAGUGCAAUCGAAAUUCAGACACCUUCGUCAAGGUCAACUUUUGAAGAGGUUCCUCCGGCGUCGCUAGAUUCCAGUGUAUUGACUGUCAUCCGGAAUAGCAAAGCCGAAGGUCUGCUGAAGAAUAUAGAGAAAUCUCUGGAUGCUCAGCUUGGGGAUGGCGCGACGAAACCCGCUACUAAACGUGUGAUUUCGAAGUUCCUGAUGGAACUCAGUCAUUUGAUCCCCGACGAAAAUUACCGGCUGGAAUCCACUUUAUCAGACAUGGAUAUCACGAUCGACUCGUUGAAAGAAUCAAAGGAGCCGGACUACGAAGUGACGCCGCGGCAAUCAUUAUCUACGGCGUCUGCAAUCUAUGGAAGUGAUUCGUUGUGCUUCUGUCGACAGCGCCCGGAUGAAACAUCGAUGAGAACUCCUCAGCAGCGCACAGAAACAACCAUCGAUGAUUUCCUGUCUCCGUUGAUCGAUUCUUCAGCACUAGACAUGACGAGGGGAGCCCGUCGAAACUACGCGGAUUGGAUUGCCAAGAUCUUGGACGUUCAACUUGCGAACUUGAAAUUGAAGCUCGAAUCCCAAUUCCGCGAGGAGUUGGGUAAAUUGCGGAGCGAUAAAAACCGAGAGAUACAAGAAAUUUCGGAAAACUACGAACGACAAUUGUCCAUCGUGCGGGAAACUGCGUGCGAUUUGGAGAAACAAUUGAAACGUGCCGCCAGGGAUUUUAUCCAAAUGAAUGAAGUCAAAAGUCGACAGAUUAAAGAAUUGAAAGGACUCCUUGAAUCGGAACAGGAAAAACAAAGGAAUUGUCCGACGCGUGAUGACAUAGAACUAGCCAUAGAAAGCGAGCGAUUGGCACUGCAACAACGACAUACGGAAAAGUUGACAUCCAUUAUCGAAAAAACGCGUGCGAUGAUUUUCGAGAUUCAUGAACAACAUCAGAAUGCGGUCUCCCGAAUAAGCCAAGAGUUGGUCCAGGUUACGAGGGAGCGUGACCUUCUCAGAGAAGAGCUCGUGGACUCAAAAACCCGGAUGAGUCAUCUUGAGCGAAACAUGCGCCGAUGCCGUCAGUGCGCAAAUGUGCUUGGUCUAAACGACGAGCUGACGCAUUCCAGUAAUGGAAAUCAAGAGGCAGUAAGCCGAAAUUCUUCGAGUGGUUUGGUUGACACGGUAUCCAACGGGGGAACCACGUACCUGAGCGCAAGAUCUGGAAGUGUGACAAGUUCCGAUGGUAUGAACGUCAGUAAUCGUGAAACUCGCAAUGUGCUUGAUGUACUUGGAGCUAUGCGAUCUUCCCUGCCAAUCUUCGAUUUACCCAAGUCCCGAAGUGAAACUGUUUCCAAGAACUCGUCGGUAAACGAUGAAAGUUUGGAAAACAAUUCUGUUCGUGCAAAAUCCCUGGCUUUGUCCCCGAUGGAUCUGGCUCAAGUUUCCGCAAAAUUGCGCAAGCAAUUGAAGAACCUGGAGGCAUCUCUGAACAAGAAAGACGAAGAGGACAGAAGAUCUGUCUCGAACAGCUGAACUCUUGCAUCCAUGAUUGACAAAGCGCGAUUUGUUUGUAACUGAGGUCCAAUCUGGUUGUGUUAUUGAGAAAUUCCGUGAACUUUUAGUCUUCGAUGCAAUUUUGUACGUAAGUUCGCAAUUUUAUACCUUUUACUAAGGUCAAAAAUUGGGGUUAUUCGCAGACUGGAUGUAAUAAAAGGCGGUUCUGUGUCCGAA